AUGAGUUGUGCCCCUAACGCUUCACACUCUCCAAUCUUCUUGCUCCUUGGGUUCUCAAGAGCUGGCAUCCCCCUUGGUCUCCUUUUUUUCCUGUUCUUGACUAUUUACCUGACCACCGUAUUGGGGAAUGUGACUCUGGUGUUGCUCAUCUCCCGGGAUCCCAGGCUCCACUCUCCUAUGUAUUAUUUGCUCCGUGGCCUCUCUGUGAUAGACUUGAGUCUGUCCACAGUAACCUUGCCUCAGUUGUUGGUCCAUCUGGCCUCUGGUUACCCAGCCAUGCCUGCUGCCCACUGCUUGGCUCAGUUCUUUUUCUUCUAUGUAUUUGGAGUUUCAGAUACACUUGUCAUUGCUGUCAUGGCUCUGGAUCGCUAUGUGGCCAUCUGUGACCCUCUGCGCUAUGCCUUGGUGAUGAAUUACCAGCUCUGUGCUCGUUUACUGGCCUUGAGCUGUGUGGUGUCCAUAGUGCACACCAUGCUGCAUGUGGGUCUCAUCCUGCCCCUGUGUUGGGUCGGGGAUUCCGGGGGCCACGUCAGCCUUCCUCACUUCUUUUGUGACCACCGGCCACUUCUGCGAGCCUCUUGCUCUGACAUCCAUCCCAAUGAGCUGGCCAUAUUCUUGGAAGGUGGCUUUCUCAUGCUGGGUCCUUGUGCCCUCAUUGUACUGUCCUAUGCCCGGAUUGGGGCCACCAUCUUAAGUUUGCCUUCAGCUGCUGGUCGCCUGCGAGCAGUUUCCACUUGUGGAUCCCACCUUACCAUGGUUUGCUUCCUCUAUGGCACCAUCAUUUGGGUCUACUUCCAACCUCCUUCCCAGAACUCUCAGGAUCAGGACAUGGCAGCUGCUGUAAUGUACACUGCUAUUACCCCUUUAGCCAACCCACUUGUUUAUAGUUUCCGUAAUAAGGAUGUGAAAGGUGCACUCCACAAGCUGCUGAGAGAGGGGAGAGUGAAUUCCUAA